CUCGCAUUUUGACCAUGUCGUCAAGGUUGCACCUUGCUCGGGGUCGGCUUCUCCGACCGUCCAGUCUUCCGUCAUCGACUCGGAGCUUUCAACCUUCACAAGCAUUACGCCUACUAUCGCGCGCGCGGCUAGGCAAUGUCGUCCAGACUCUGUCAGUACCACCCAUACGCACGUAUGCCAAUGGACGCCCUCAUCCUCCCGGCGGUACCCAUCGCAUGAACCUAGGUGGCGAGCCUGAAAAAUCAGCUUUGGAACAGUUUGGUGUCGAUCUCACAGCCAAGGCUAAGGAUGGCAAAUUGGACCCCGUCAUCGGACGGGAUGCCGAAAUCCAUCGCACCAUCCAGGUCCUCUCGAGGCGAACGAAGAAUAACCCCGUUCUGAUAGGAGCGGCGGGUACUGGAAAGACGGCAGUUUUGGAGGGUCUGGCGCAAAGAAUUGUUCAAGGAGACGUCCCGGAAAGCAUCAAGGAAAAGCGUGUCAUUUCCUUGGAUCUAGGGUCUCUCAUCGCUGGUGCUAAGUUCAGAGGAGAUUUCGAAGAACGGCUGAAGUCGGUCCUUAAAGAAGUCGAGGAUGCGCAAGGGGGUGUGAUCCUCUUCAUCGAUGAACUGCAUACCUUGCUUGGCUUAGGAAAGGCAGAGGGCAGUAUUGACGCCAGCAACCUUCUGAAGCCGGCAUUGUCUCGCGGCGAGCUUCAAUGCUGCGGUGCUACGACUUUGAACGAGUACAGAUUGAUUGAAAAGGACGUCGCUCUGGCAAGACGGUUCCAGCCUAUCCAAGUCGGCGAACCUUCAGUUGCGGCUACUAUCUCCAUCUUGCGUGGUAUCAAGAACAAGUAUGAGGUCCACCAUGGUGUCCGAAUUACGGAUGGUGCUUUGGUGGCAGCGGCAACCUACAGUAACCGCUACAUUACGGACCGUUUCCUUCCCGAUAAGGCGAUUGAUCUCGUCGAUGAGGCAGCGUCUGCUCUCCGCCUACAGCAAGAAUCGAAGCCCGAUGUGAUCAGAGAACUGGACCGCGACAUUACCACCAUCCAGAUUGAGCUCGAGUCCCUUCGCAAAGAAACCGACGUCAGUAGCCGUGAGCGACGCGAAAAGCUCCAGGGAGACUUGAAAGUCAAGCAAGAAGACGCGGCGAAAUUGACCGAGGUAUGGGAGAAGGAGAAGGCUGAAAUCGAAGGCCUCAAGCGCGCAAAGGAGGAGCUGGAGCGAGCUCGGUUCGAACUAGAACAGGCACAAAGAGAAGGAAACUUUGCCAAGGCUGGUGAGCUGAGAUAUGCCACCAUCCCAAGUCUUGAAGCCAAGCUGCCCAAGGAGGGUGAGGAGCCAACAGCAGGUACUCAGACCAGUCUCAUUCAUGACUCGGUUACGGCUGAUGACAUUGGCAACGUGGUUUCUCGGACCACCGGCAUCCCUGUCAACAAGCUAAUGGCCGGUGAAGUGGAGAAACUCAUCAAGAUGGAAGACACAUUACGCCGAUCUGUUCGUGGGCAGGAUGAGGCUCUCUCCGCAGUCGCCAACGCCGUUCGGAUGCAAAGGGCGGGUCUCAGUGGAGAGAACAGGCCACUUGCUUCGUUCAUGUUCCUUGGUCCUACUGGUGUUGGAAAGACAGAACUUUGCAAGAAGAUGGCCGAGUUCCUGUUCUCCACUGAAACGGCCGUUGUUCGAUUUGACAUGAGCGAAUUUCAAGAGAAGCACACGAUCAGUCGCCUGAUCGGCUCCCCAGCUGGCUACGUUGGAUACGACGACGCCGGUCAACUUACAGAGGCUGUAAGGAGGAAGCCGUACGCAGUGCUGUUAUUCGAUGAGUUCGAGAAAGCGCAUCGCGACAUCUCUGCUUUGCUGUUGCAGGUCCUUGAUGAGGGUUUCCUUACCGAUUCUCAAGGCCACAAAGUUGACUUUAGAAACACUCUCAUUGUCCUUACAUCGAACCUUGGAGCCGACAUCCUUGUGGGUGCCGAUCCUCUGCAUCCUGUCAAGGAUACCGGAGAUGAGCUUUCGCCUGAAACGAAGAAGUCAGUCAUGGACGUUGUGCAAUCGGCCUAUCCGCCAGAGUUCCUCAACCGUAUCGAUGAGUUCAUUCUCUUCAAGCGGCUGUCCCGCGACGCUCUGAGGGAUAUCGUCGACAUCAGAGUAAAGGAGCUUCAAGCACGACUCGACGAUCGACGGAUGACUCUCCGGGUGGAUGACGAGAUCAAGGAUUGGCUCAGUGAAAAGGGCUAUGACCCUAAAUAUGGUGCUCGGCCCCUCAACCGCUUGAUUGCCAAAGAAAUUGGCAACAAGCUGGCUGAUAAGAUCAUUCGCGGCGAGAUUACAUCCGGACAAACUGCUCGUGUCACAUUCAAUACCGACAAGAGUGGACUUGCAGUCAUGGCAGAAGUUGCCGAAGAAACUGAAACGGAAAAGUCGUGAAGUGUUCAUUUGCAUUGCAUAUUCCUGUUAUUGAGUACUUGGCGCUAUUGCUGGGAGUUUCGGUGUGUUAGAUGAUGACCUUGGAUGACCUUAUCUCUGCUCUUCUCAUUGUACUAUAGCAUGAACUACAUUGUAUACCAUAUGUUAUGAAUAAAUUGUAUAUAUCUCUACGGCAUGAAAUACAGUAAUCAUGUUUUGAAUUUCAGUUUUUCCUGUU